GGCACCGGCUCCCGCGCUGGUUGCGGCAGGCGGUGCCCGAGGGGCGGCCGUGGGCCGGGCGUGACUCCCGGGGCAGGCAGCGGGACGUUGUGUGCCCGCAGCGGGCUGCAACCGAGCUAGCGGAGAUACGAAGUGGUUAGGCCGAACGUGGAGAACAGGCACGGGCCCGAACCCGGGCAGUUAAAGCCAGAAUGCCUGGGAAGGAUGACGCGUGGAAGCUGCCGGGACUUGAGGCUUCACUCGUGCGUGGGCCUUGCUGCAGUUCGGCAUGUGGAGUGCAGGCUGUGCGUGCCCAGUAACACCCUCCAGAGCCUAACGCUGUGCUGUAGCCUUGCUCCCGGGGGAGUGUGUCCCACGACCCAGCAAUAAGUCUUUGCAGAAACCUAGCACUAGCUUUGUCAAAGGAAGGGUUUCCAACUGUGCCUCCUUUGCCUUGUAAUCCUGAAGACUGGAAGCGGCUGCAGCAUCAUGAUUGUUCACUGUUUUACUGCCAAGGCUUGAUUGGAAGCAUCCGGUGAUCCUAGUUACCCAUAUUUGAAUAAAGAUGGCUGAGACUGCAUCAGUCCUUUACAAUCUAAUAGUGUCCAAACCUGCUUCCAAAGUCUUGAAAACUCUUGGUGCCUUCCCAAUAUACAGCUGAAACUAAAAGCAUGAGGAUUGUUUCAGAUAAACUGAAAUUAAACAGUGUUACCUGUGAUGCUUAUCUUUGGUGUAUCAGAUCUUUGAUUUUAAAACUUACUGAAUGCUGACAAAUAGUCUGGCAGACUAUUCCAUAUUUCUUUUUGAACUGUGCUGUAAAGUGUCCAUAGGCAGCACUUAGUUCCACAAGGAACAGUUUUUACAAAUGAAUUGUGAAAUAGAGCUGAAGAACUUAGAGAGUAGUGCUGUCCUUUACCCAUCUUAGACUGAUGUAGAUAACAUUCCUUCUGUUUGGUUGCUUACUGCAUUGUUGUAUUUGGACCCAAUUUAAAUAAUCACAGUAUCACAGUGUGAUGCUCUAAAUACCAGUAGGCUGGAAAUUUCAACCUUCCCCAGGUCUAUCUGACCUCUCCCUCUAGUACCUCUCUCUGUACCUCAGGUUCUCAGAAAAGAGUGAUUCUCCUAGCCCCAAUUUCAAAUGUAUUUGCUGUUCCUUUCAUUUCAAAGCAACCUCAGACUACAGUAUCUCCUGCCAUCUUAUACCCUUGUGUUAUGAAGCCCUGUCAUCAGGAAACCACAGACACCUGCCAUGUCAGCAGCCUGUCCUCAUAAAUAUUCAUAGUUGCAGACAGCCUCCUUAGCAUAACCAAGCACUAGUUAAAAAACAGUUAAAGAUGAGCACGUUCUUUUGUCCCUGCCUAGUGGUGAUGGGCUACAGGCCUUGUCAAGCUGUUUCAUGUUACAGCACUCAUGGUACAACCUGUGUUGCAAGGUACACUACCUGGAAAUUUCAUAAGCUGCUGUGGCAGUUGCACAGCCCCUGAUGAGAUCCUUCAGUAGGACAGCUGAUGGCUCUUUAACACCUUUUGUGUCCCACUGUGGGUUUCCUCAGGCACACACCUAGAGCAGUGCCAAGGUGCUGACAGUCCCAUCCUCCAUUACCCUGGGGCAGGGUGACUUCACCUCUACAUGGCUGGAGGGACAGGAGGAAUGGGACCCUCCGUCGAUUGUCAGAGUCCUCAGCAAAGGAGGUGCCCAGAGUAGCUGAGAAGUUUCUGAACAAUGUUAUAAUAACCACAGUGAGAUCUGAGCAGGCUAUAAAACAGGGCCUCUGCCAAAGACCCCCUUGGGGUGGUCUUCUCGGAGCAGCAGGUCUGUGAAGCCCUCCCCAGGCAAAUGAUUAUUUAUUCUGGGUACUCUUGGGUGAAAGAGGCCUCUAGUUUUGUUUCUUGUGAGUGAAUGCAUGCACGCUGUGGAUCCUUAUUAUUGUUCUGUGGUCAUACCCCAAUAAUCUCCUCAACUGGUAUGCAAAUCUGUGGUGUAUGUUGUUGGAGUGCUACAUAACUUAUAUAAACCCUGUUUCUAGUUGGUUUAUUUGCUAGACUUUUCCAGGUAGAAUAAAGUCCAUUUUGGAACUUGUUGUCCACCUAAAUUGACUUUUGGGAUGCCUCCGCAACAGCUGUGGACAGACAUUUCAAGUUACAGCAUGCCUUACAACAUAUUUUUUGUAGUGGUCAGGUGCAGCCUGUCUUUUUCUUCUUUGUAUAAACACGUUUUUUUCCAAGUUUCAGUCAGUUUUGCUUUUUUAAACCUAAAUCUUUGCUGGCUUUGAAUAUAAUUAUGAAAAAGAUUUCAGAAAAGACACAAACUGUUACUCAUUUUAAUAGAUUUAAGACACUCCCAUGCAUUUUUAAUUUCUAAGGAACAUUUCAGUGUUACAAUAUUGUACCAAGGGAGAACUGUCACUAUGUUUGUUGACUGACAGUCUGACAGAUCAUACAACUGUAAGCAUGUCCAAGGUUGAAUUACCUCAGAGCUAUGUUUGGAAAGGCAGGUAUCUGGGGUGAAUGACAGAGUUACUGCAUUUCUUUCAAUACUUUAGAGUACCAUAAGCCAAUUAAUCCCUCAAGUAAUUCCCUUGACUUCAUUACCCCAUGCAAUGCUACAGGCUUGGUGAAGAGUGGCUGGAAAGCUGCCCAGUGGAAAAUGGCCUGGGGGUGUUGUUUGACAGCCAGCUGAACAUGAGCCAGCAGUGUGGCCAGGUGGCACGAAAGGCCAGCAGCAUCCUGGCUUGUAUCAAUAAUAGUGUAGUCAGCAGGACAAGGUCAGUGAUUGUCCUCCUGUACUCAGCACUGGUGAGGCCCCACCUUGAAUCCUGUGUUCAGUUUUGGGCCCCUCAUCAUAAGAAAGGCAUUGAGGUGCUGGAGAGAGUGCAGAGCAGGGCAACAAAGCUGGUGAGGGAUCUGGAGCACAAGUCUGAUGAGGAGCAGUUGAGAGAGCUGAGGCUGUUUAGCCUGGAGAAAAGGAGGCUGAGGGGAGACCUUAUCACUGUCUACAACUACCUGAAAGGAGGCUGUAGCAAGCUGGAUGUCCCUCUCUUCUCCCAAGUAGCAAGUUAUAGGAUGAGAGGAAAUGGCCUCAAGUUGUACCAGGGGAGGUUCAGGUUGGAUAUUAUGAAAAAUUUCUUCAUGGAAAGGGUUGUCAAGCACUAGAAUUGGGCUGCCCAGGGAAGUGGUGGAGUCACCAUCUCUGGUGGUGUUUAUAGGACAUAUAAAUUAGGUUCUUAGGGACACAGUUUAGUGGUGGACUUGGCAGUGCUAGGUUGAUGGUUGGACUUGAUGAUCUUAUGGGUCUUUUCCAACAUAAAUAAUACUAUGAUUCUAUGAUUAUUCCCAUCUGUUAAAAACUGUCAUUUUUUUCUACUUUUUUUUAAUGUCUACUGCUUUAUUUAUCAGAGUAUUAUAUGUACAUUUCCCAUUUCAUCUCCAAACCUGAGCUACAUCUCUGUACUGAAAAAGACAAUAUUUAGGUGUCAAGACAAAAAUAUUCUCAGAUGCUUAGCAUGACUGGAACUCAAGUAUUUCUUCUGCAGUUACAUGACUAAGCAUUCGUUUUGGAAAAUUUUGUAGAAUAUGGCUCUUGGAGCUUUUCAGUUCUAGCUGCUUCAUUAGAAGACAUCGUUCGCCAAUACGAUUACCUUUUUUUUUUAAAUGGUCUACUUUUUCCAUUAGAUUGGAAAAGAAACAACAUUUGGUCAAUGUAGUGCCCCAAAGUAAACCUGUAUUCUGAAUGACUCAUCAGUCACCUAAACUGUAGACAUGAGUUAUCUCCCUGUUCACAUUGUUCCCCUGAAAAUGGUGAGCCACGUUUUAAUGUUUUAAUGACCUUUCAAUAACACCUUUAGGCUAAUCUUUUUUUCACUUCAAAAACUCCAAUACACAUCUGUAACUACUUACACCUGGGUAAGUUGUUCGUCAGAACUUCCCUGGUGAGGUGUUUGCUUAGGAACCAGAGUGCAGUUUAUCUGUGCAGCAAGUCAAAGACCGCAAGCUGUCUGUACGUCUUUCGUGCACAGAUCCAGAAAGCAUCUAACUGAAAUAAAUCAAGGUGGAUUUUUUUUUUUCCCAGUGAUCCACUUAAAGAACUAAUAAAAAAGCUGACAAAUGAGGCAUUUGAAUGUUAAUAUAUGUGGAAAAGGUCCAUUCUCACUGGAUGUAACUGGCUGUAAACAUGUGGUCACUACCUGGCUUCUCUAUCCCAUCUUGCUUAUACAGGAGUUAUUUAUGUGUAGCCCCAAAACCAUGGAGAACAAAAUCAUGUAUCUCAAAAAGCCCUAAGAAUUUCUCUCUUCAUUUAAAGAAAUAAAACAAAAAAUGAAGGUGUGAUAAAUGUAGAACUUCCUUUCCGUAGGAAAAUAUUUUUUUCAGCAUUACUUUUCCCUCCUCUGGGUUUUUGUAAAUAGAUACAUAUAUAUUUACAUAUACAUGUAUGUAUACACGCAUACAUACCUGUAACUAUAUCAGUUUAGAAGAAAAAGUUCCAAAUGCUUUUGAAGUCUGUAUGUGUUGCAUUUAUAAGGCUUUAGAUCAUCAGAUUAUGACCUGAUUUGUACAUGAAGCCUUGAAAAUGAUUCUGUUCUUUUCUUCCUAGUAAAUCCUGCACAAGAAUACACCUUAUUUUACUCAAACCUGCAGUGUGCUGAAAGGCUUUCACUGUAACUUCUGCAUGUUCUGCUCAUCUUGUUGAAAGCAGCUGACAUGUUUUCUUGUCCAAAUCUAGGAAGAAUCUGUAAAUGACCAUGGUACACAGGUAUCUCCAGCUGGACAUAUUCCUUUAUGUUCUACUCAGUAGUUUUUGUUCCACCCUGCAUUUGUUUUCUCAUGUAUUCAUGAGCCUCCACUUCAUUCUCCUAGCCAAUAUUUUAUUAUAUAAUUAAAAUUUUAUGGCUGGCAGAGCACUGUUGUAAGGGAGUUCUAAAAUCAAUGAAGGUGCAAUAAAUUGCAGGGCAUGAACGUUUUACAGCUAACAAUUUUUCCUUUUUUUUUUUUUUUUAAAUCAACCCGAUAGAUGUAUAGAUCUCUCUUUCUCUCUCUUCACUCUCUCUCUCUAUAUAUGUGAUCUAUCAAAGAUUUCAGCCCGUUGCUUUCUCCACUCCCUUGGUAGCCAGCAGGUUUUGCCUGUGACAAUAUGCUAUUCUUAGGAAAUAUGCAGUAAUUAUAUUGUCUAUAGAAGCCCUAACUACUUGCUAUGGAAAUAAAAACUCUACCACAUAUGUAUUUGUUUAACAACACUGAAAGUGUGGUCUCUAGGAAGUAUAUGUAGAGUUGAUUAGAUUGUACUGUAUACUUUAAGUUGAAUUAUGUACUCUUGUAAAAACACUCUUUAAAAUUAUUUAACUUCCCAUGGUAUAGUCUAAGAAGGUGUAAAAAAAAAAUCUUUAGUGUUAUCUUUUCCUGUCACAUGACUAGUGCAAACACCAAAAAAAUUCUUAUCUUUUUGUUUCUUUUCUGGUACUUUAUAAAACAGCAUAACCGGUUUAGUGCCCAGACAUUAAAGACUCCACUCGGAAAAGAUCCACAUUAUGUAUUCUGCUCUACUCUAAGCCUUUCAGUUAUAUAAUAGGAAAGAUUUAGCCAUAAGGGUCUUCCAGUGUGUAAUGGUUGAGGAUUUUUUUUUUUAAAUCUUCUUUACUGGGGACAGUGGUGCCAUCUAACCAGAAGAGCUCUGUCCUGUUUGUAGGACUUGGAGGGUAGUGCUUGUUCCUGGCAACAUUAUCCAUAGUGGUGUAUCUUUAGGCUCAGCUCCAUUUAGCUGUACCAUCCUAGUGCAUGUCCUGCAACUUAGCAGCUGUGAUAAACAGUUUGAUCUUGACCUAUCAGUCAUGUCAAUGAAAAUACUUGAUGCGUGUUUCAAACGUUUUAGGUAUAUUUGAGUAAUCGGUGUACAGGCUACUUGAAAAAUAGGUGCCAUAUAGAUUAUUCGACUUUGAUCUAUUACUUUGAUUUAGCUCUGCAAUUAAGUAGAUUUGGUUCAAAGAAAAAGCUCAUUGGUUGAUGUUUUACACUGAUGUGAUAAUGUUUACACAGAUGUGCUUUGAAAUCUCAAUUAUGGUGGAUUUUUGGGUCUCACCACAUGACAGGCUUCUGUUAUCUGAAAGGUAAAAUAAUAUAACAUCCAUCUGUAACUGCCUUCAGAGCAGGUCCGCCUGUGCUCUCUUCUGAGGUGAUUUAUCUGAUCAUUGUAUUUAGUGUUAUUUUUUUCAGUUUUAAAUCCCUCCACAGUAAAUCACUUGCUUUAAAGCAGACUUUUUAUAAUUCAGGUGCACACAGGGGCAGUACUUAGGACUGCAAUGAUGAAAAGGUGUAGCAUUACCUGCUUUAAAGCACCUGCCAAUUAAUUAGCCCUAUACUCUCCAUAGCAAAUAAAGCUAAGCAGUCAAAUCCAUUUGAUCUCUCAGAUUUAGACUGUGACUGAAAAGACCACGGAGCAAGACAGGAGAACUAAUCUUUCAUGAUUCUCUGCAACUUUUUUGUUUAAAUGAAACCUUAAACCACCAAGUGACUCUCUCAAACUUUUGAAAGAAUUAACUAGGAAAGUUCUUUGUGUUUUAUACUCCAGUACCGUGUUUUAACGUUGGCAAGGAACUACAUUGCGUAUCUUCAAUGCUAAGAUGGGUCAUGUAGGUUAAGCCCUAAAAUGCAUUAGACAUUACCGAAAAAAAAACCACAAAACACCAAAGAAGGCAAAAGCCAAGCUCUUAGUUUUAAUAUACUGUUGUUUUAACAUUGCUAAUAAUGAACAUGUCUUUCACCAACAUAUUUGCACGCAUGAACCAUUCUGCUUAGGAGAUGAAAAAAUUGCAUAUGCUCAUCUGGAACAGGACAGCAAAUCCUAAAUUUAUUCAAAACACUGUAGAAAGACAAUGGAGAUAUUUCAGUAGCUGAAAGUAGCUAAUUUGUGAUGCUCACAGACUCUGUUUACAGGCCCAAUGCAAAACCCCAAAGAAGAUGGAUUAGAUGAGUAAUUUCUCUUUCUUCAUCUCUGUAGGUUUUGAAAGUAUCCCAAACCAGAGGUCUGCCCAUUUAUGUUUUCAAGACGUGUCGAUAUCCAAACUGUAUAGAUCCGUUUCAUGUCACGUUAAUGAUAAAUUAAAUGUGAGGGAGAAUUUGCAGAAGGGAAAACACCUCCCUGACGAUGCCAAUUUCUUUAGAAAUUCCCCUCCCUGUAGCUGAAGUGAUAAAAGGAAAGGAUAAUGCAUGUACAUUUUAUUAGCGUUUUAGAAACGGAGUAGAACUGUCAGAUCUUUGUGGUUUGGGUUUUUUUCCUUUUUUUCUUUUUUUUUUUUCUCUUUCUUUCAUGUGUGUCUGGGCAGGUCUAACCCUCAGGUAACGCCCUUUCUCCUUCUUGCCUCCCGCUUCUCCUUGCACCUGUCCACGUAACGCUCUGCCACCUCCCGCCGGGCCCGGCUCGCGCUGCCCGCUGCCCGCUCCGUGCGGGGCCGUCCCCCCACUCCCCGCCUAUCCCCGCCGCGCGUGUCCGCGCCCAUGGGUGCGUGGCGGCGCGCGGCGGGGCGCGGGAGGCGCGCCAGGAGCUCCCUCCUCGCCGUCCUCCCAGAUCAGAGGAAGGUGCGAGGAGAGGGGGAGCCGGUUUACAAUUUCAAACGCAGCCUCCCCGCGGAGGGCUUCAUUAGCAUAUGUCAGGGGGACCGCCGUAUAUAUAUAUGUACACAUGCGGGGCGUAUAAACACCCCGCCGCCUGGCUCACACCAGCGCAGCUCGGCUCAGCACGGCUCGGCUCUGCCGGCUCCCCAUGCUUGCGGCUCCGCCGCGCACCCCCACAUGCCCGCCGGGACAGGCCGGCAGCUGCUCUCUGCCGCCGCGCCCUAGCCCGCUCGCCCCGCGCCCCCAUGGCUCCGCUGGCCGAGGUGGGGGCUUUCCUGGGCGGCCUGGACGGCCUGGGGCAGCCGGUGGGCGCCCAUUUCCUGCUGCCGCCCGCCGGGGAGCGCCCGGCGCUGCUCGGAGACCGCCGGGCCACGGCGGAGCGGGCGGCCCGCGGCGGCGGAGCGGCGGCGGCGGCAGCAGCAGCGGCGGACCUGGCGCACUUGCAGGGCAUCCUGCGGCGGCGGCAGCUGUACUGCCGCACCGGCUUCCACCUGCAGAUCCUGCCCGACGGCAGCGUCCGCGGCACCCGCCAGGACCACAGCCUCUUCGGUAUCCUUGAAUUCAUCAGUGUGGCAGUGGGACUGGUCAGUAUUAGAGGUGUGGACAGUGGCCUUUACCUUGGAAUGAAUGAGAAGGGGGAACUCUAUGGCUCUGAGAAACUAACUUCCGAAUGCAUCUUCAGGGAACAGUUUGAGGAAAACUGGUACAACACUUACUCAUCCAAUGUGUACAAACAUGGAGAUUCAGGGCGGCGAUACUUCGUAGCACUUAACAAAGAUGGUACUCCCAGAGAUGGGGCAAGGUCCAAAAGACACCAGAAAUUCACACAUUUCUUGCCCCGGCCUGUGGAUCCUGAGAGAGUUCCAGAACUGUACAAAGAUGUGUUAGGAUACAGCUGAGGAAGGAGGCAACUUCGGAAAAAACCUAUGCUGGAGCUGUUUGAUCUUGCCCCUGCUUUCAUGGCAAUACCAGUGUGAGGAACCUGCUGAGCUCUAGGGUGCUGGAUGGGAAGAAGCUACUUUGUGAUGGGCAAGCCUCUGUUUUCUAACCUUUGGAUUUAGGAGACAAAGCCGUAAAGCUGAGAGUGGACCGGCCUCCUUCAAACCUGCUGAACUGGUGGUAGCCGGUAACCAGAGGGAAGGUGGAGUGUGACUUUUUGAAAAAUAACAAACUCUUGGCAAUGUUGUCUGAAUUACUUGUGGUCCAUAAAUUAACAAAGAACUACCUACGUCGUGUGGAUGAGACAACAGCUGGAAGAAUUAGAAAGAAAUAGACUGUUAAGUAGUAAUUAAUCCUGUGAACUGCAUAUGAAGUUUUAGUGGCUCCACUUUAGUGCUGGACCUUAGAUGCUGAUGCAUCAUAGUCAGAGCUGGAACUUUUCUUCAGGAUGGACCUAUUUAUACAUCUCCAGAUAGCAUAUAUUUAUUUUAUAUAUUUAUUUAUUAAAGAGUUUAUUUUUUACUGGGAUAUGAAGAGAGUACAGGGAACUAACCCCAAUGAUAAAUCAUUUACAGUGCUAAUAUUUACUCUUAGUAGUGUCACAAUACAGAAAUGACAUUAUAUUGCAAUACAUCGUAAACCUGAACAUUUGUACCUCAUUGUUUAUCAGUUACAAAUAAGGUUACAGUUUAUGCACAUACCAUUGCAUUGUGACUAUCCUUACUUUGGAAAGAAUGUGUAAUUUUAUUUUUUUUACCUGUGAGAGUGCCUUACAGAUCUGUAUUGAAUUCAAAUGCACAUUUAAUAGGGGAAUUAAAAAUUAUUUCAUUUUA